ACCUGGAUGGGAGUAGUGGUAUGAAAAGCAAAUUGAAUAUUGCCUUUAUGUAUAAAAUUCCAGUUCUCACAACUGUUUAAUUUAUAAACUCCAAAGUAAAGACUUCCCAUCCUCGUCCUGCUUGAAUAACACAUGACGGUCUAAUGUGCAUCAAAUCUCUGGUCAGAGCUGUAACUUUGCUCCCUGAUAAAUUAAAGUGAAAUUAAUGUCCCUGCUCCUGGAUCCCUGCUGUGCAAUGAGGGUAUGGUCUUUUAAGGAUGUGUGCGUGUUUGAGUGACUACGUACACAGCGAUAAGCCUAACUGUAUCCUCAGUCCGACAGUGAGAGCUCUGCUGAUGCUGAUGCUGCUGCUCCGCAUUCUGGCACACCGGCGCAGCUCAACCUCGGGACAGGCACCACAUCAGGUAAGACCGUCUGUCUCAUCUGCAGAGUGGGAUAAAAAAAAGGCUUCGACAGUGCCAUAAGGUGGUGUGAAGGUUAUUGAUCUGACCGGACAGACACAAUCGCUAUGGAGCUGCACCUGUUCUUCUGUCUCUUCUUUGGCAGGAUCAUGAUAACGCAUCAAUCUACUCACAUGAACUCAAUCUAUGCGUUUCUGUUCGCUCCUCGCGGGCCUCAGAUGUUUCCGUGUCUAACUUACUUGGAGCGAAACGUCAGGGUGGACUGUGAGUUUCCACCCACGUACCAGGUCCCCGGCCCCUACUGUGAGUACCGGCAGGACAGCCGUCUGGUGGGCAGCACCUACCCCAACGCCGUUGUCUAUGUGUCCACAGAGGACCGCAGGAGAAGCAACGUCAGCCUGGUGAGUCCUAAUCUGUGCCGCCUCACCUGGGCCCCGCUGGCUGAUGAGAAGCCUUUCACCUACACCUGCAGGGUUUACCAGGGCAGCAGCUGGAAGGAGAACAGCAUGGCCGUCCAUCACAGGAUUCUUCCAAUCUGCUCUGCAAUCAGUGUAAUGUUCAAAUCAGCGCCAUGGUUUUUGUCACUGUUGAUGUCACUUCCGGUGGCUGUGGGUCUUCUGAGUCCAUGAACUCUCACUUUCACAGGGUGAUGACUCAAUGGACCUUUCUUACAUGAUUUGUGACUCACUUUGGUUUGUUAGUUGGUAGUUGACUCUGUGUGGGAUGCUUUUAUUUUAGAUUAUUUUAUUUAGGCAGAGAGAGAAAGCCAAAAGCCAUGAAAUACAGUAAAUUAGAAAUUAAAUCAACCUUUAAUUGGGCAUUGGGCUAUUCUUUAAAAAUGUACAUUUGAGUUGUGAAAGUAAGAUUUUAUAUAACAGACCUCAUUCUCACCACUGUACCUUGAACACUAUAGUUUCACAAUGCUGAAACUGUCACAAAUCUCUUGGUUGAUCAGGUCCCCCUUGUAAAUAAGAUUAAUUGGGACAUAUAUCUAAACAACCAUAUCGUUAAUGGCCAAAUAAAAUAUUUUUUUUUUUGUAUUUUUUUGUUAAAGAAAAACAGAUGCUUCCUAUAGAUUUAUAUUGCAUCUUAUUACUGUUCUAAACACAAAUGGGUUUGAUUAUAUACACUGACAUUAAAAGUGGAGAUCAUCGCUCAAACACUUAAAGAGUAGAGAGCCUUUUGAUUGGAGUUAUUAAGCUACGUAUUUAUUAUGGAGUGUCUGUCAGUUCACCCACUUAUUUUAAGUUGGAUUACAUUAUAUUACAGUCUCACCAGUUUGCUGAACUAGAUAAAGUAGGCAGGUAUUCAGAUGGCUGACAUGGCUAUUGAGUAUUAGUAAUACAUAACUGCUCAAACACUGCCUUUUCAGCUAGCAAUGCUAAUCUCUGUUACCUUCAGUACCUUUAAAUAGAACUAACCUGGACCCCUGUGUCAGGUUCACCAUGGUUACAGCAAAGCUGCUCAAGUACAGUCUCUUUUCUACUCCUCUUGGAGAGCAAUAAUACUUAAUUGGGAUGACCUUUGGGAAAAGGCUCUAAUUUCAAUGAUUGUUCACUGUGCUUUGAUGAUAAUCUGCCCUACAGCCUAAAAAGACAUUCAGAUGUGUGACUGUUGUAGCUGCUAGUUUGCAAAGUCUGUUUAUGUGGACGAGGAAGAGGUUUAAGCUCUGCAGCCUUGUAUUGAGAGUGAUCCUGAAGUUGAAUGCGUUGCAGCUCAAGUAAUAACUGAUGGACAGACAUUGCCAACAUGGCAUAUGGUGAGAACAAGUGUAACAUUUUGCACAUUUUUGUUUAAGUUAGACAUCGCUCUUCUCCUGUACAAGUAUUGUAUAUAUAAGUAUGUGUUCAUGUACACAGUAUAUGUGUAGUAUGAAAUAAUAUUGUAGCUUUAUGUGUUUUUUCACAGCUGCUUCCAUUUUAAUAUUUUCUGUUUACAGUGUACAUGCCUUCCACACUGUAAACACACACAUUUAGGGCCUCUAUGCUUCUUAUUUAAUUUGAACGCAAUU